AUGACUACGAAGAUUAGUGUAGGGAGGGAAUCGGGGAGAAUAAAAGAUGCAGACAAAAAAAAAGUUCUCGAUGUGGCAGCCAGAAACCGACGAGCUCGCAAAGCACUGGAGAGCUUGGAAAUGGAUAACUAUCAACAGGAUCCACAUGCUGACAUUGUUCUGAAUAAAAAAGCCCCAAAAUUUUUAGAUACCAUUGAAUCAAAAGGAAGACGCAAAAAGGAAAAAAGUGCAGAGUAUUAUAAACAAAAAUUCCGAAGAACAUUUACGCAAUUGGUGGAAGACGAUCAAUUUAACAAUCCAGAUCCACCAAAUUAUGUUUCUAUCGAAGCACCGCCUUCCUAUUUACCCCGUCGGAUAUUUUGUGCUGUAUGUGGAUUUCCUAGUUCAUAUACCUGUACUACUUGCGGUGCAAAAUAUUGCUCUUUAUCAUGUUUAGGUACACACCAGUCUACACGUUGUCUUAAAUGGACUGCCUAAUAUUAUAAAAAAAUUUAACAUUUCUUCUAUAUUUUCACAUUUUUACAUUUUACAUCAUACUCAAGUCAAAUAAACUGUAUUAUAAAACUAAAUCUUAUUGUGCAAAAUAAAAAAUUGCAAUAUUAAUAUAAUUUACGUGUAACAUUUUCAAUAAAAUACAAAACGAAUUGAGGUCUAUUGAUUGUUUAUUUAAUGCCAAUCUUAGUUUUAUAAAUCAUAAUAAAUAUUGAUAUAACUUCUUUCUGAUAUUAUACAUUGACAAUUAAAUAAUUUAAGUGUUACAAGAAACAAAUUGUAUCAUAAAUGUAAUUCAGGGGCGUAUUUAGAUAUUUUGGGGAGGGGGCUGAGGCACUAACUCCUAAUAAAAUCUUGACAAUAUUAAACAUCUACAAUUCACAUCAUAUAGGCCCAUAGGCAGACUAAAAAAAUUUCAAGGGGGGCUAGAGCCUCCUCAGUCACCUCCUAAAAAUACGCCCUUGG